AGUUGUGUGAACUGUUUUUACACGUAUAUAUGCUGUGGACCUGUGGUGUGAAGUUGGAUAUGUUCAAAUACUGAAAAGAUUUAGCAGUUUGUAAAAACACAAUCAAGUCAUGGGGAAUAGUGAAAGCAGUCGCAUGCAUGAUUACCGGGCGCACAAUACCCCCCUUAAACUGCCCAUGCCAGAAACUAAAGAAAUUGAUGAGAAGUUCAACAGAGUGCUGCUUUCUAUGAACUUACCACCCGAUAAAGCAAAAGCGCUGACCAAAUAUGACAACAAAAAGAAGUGGGAACUGAUUUGUGACCAGGAUAAAGUUGAAGUGAAGCAUCCACCUUCAUUUUACAUACAAACUGUUCAAAGUUACCUCGACCCAGCAUUGAGAAGAAAAAGAUUCCGCAAAAGAGUAAAUAAUUCCACACGAACUUUACGUGACCUUGAAAUUUCCCUUCGAACAAAUCAUAUCGGAUGGGUUCGUGAGUUCCUAAAUGAAGAGAAUCGUGGACUUGAUGUUCUUGUUAAUUAUCUUGCAUUUGCACAAUAUGCGAUCAUAUACGAUGGUUCAUCCUCUUCAAUGUCUUCAUCUCCCACCAAGUCCAUAGGAAGCACAGGAGACCUCGGUAGUCUUGGAAGCACCCUCAGCAUACGAGGAUCAUCUGCUAUGACUUCCACUAUAUCAAGAUCACAAACGCUUCCAAAUAGACGAACACUGAAGAAUUCUAGAGCAGUAAUGGACAGGGAUGAUGUACACGUGUGCAUUACUUGUCUGCGAGCAAUAAUGAAUUAUCAAUAUGGCUUCAAUCUUGUGAUGGCUCACCCACAAUGCAUUAAUGAGAUUGCUCUCAGUCUAAACAACAGAAGCUUAAGAACAAAGUCAUUGGUGCUGGAACUUCUUGCUGCUGUUUGUUUGGUGCGGGGUGGGCAUGAUAUUAUACUUCGUGCAUUUGAUAAUUUCAAAGCAAUAUGUGAUGAACCUCUCAGAUUUACUAAACUCAUGUUCUUUUUUAAGUCAGAGACGGAAAAUAUUGAAUUCAUGGUGUCGUGUAUGCAGUUCGUCAACAUUGUUGUUCAUUCUGUAGAAGAUAUGAACUUCCGUGUUCAUUUACAACACGAGUUUACUUUGCUUGGUUUGGAUGCUUACCUCGAGGAUUUGAAAUCAACUGAGAGUGAUGUAUUGAAAGUUCAAAUACAAGCAUACUUGGAUAACAUGUUUGAUGUUUCUGCUCUGCUUGAAGAUUCAGAAGUUAAAGUAACAGCCUUAGAACGUGUGGAACAGUUAGAGGAACAAUUACUUGAUUUAAAUGAAAAGUUUCAAGAACAAGAAUAUGAAAAUAUGUCAAAGAUUGUUCAGUUGGAGAAACAAUUAUCGGGAAAUAUUGCUGAGUUAUCCACGCUUAAGGGUAAGAACAAAGGGGUUUAUAUUCUACCAACUGAUUCCAAUACCCAAGUUCACACUUUAUCGAAACAAAAUACAGCACCAGCAACUCGUGCAGCACUUCCUCCUAUCUCAUCAUCUGCUGCACUUAACAUGGAAGACACACCAACAGUUAAAGUCAAAACCAAGGAUGUGAUCUCAUCCCUCCCCCCGCCAUCCGCAUCCACUCCUCUUCCUCUUUCAUCAAUCCCGGCUCCUCCACCACCGCCACUAGCUGGUGUUCCACCCCCUCCACCUCCACCACCACUGGGUGGUGCCCCACCACCCCCUCCGCCACCAUUAGGUAUGCCUAGUUUUCCCAACCAAGCAAAUCUCCCUGGUGGAUUAAAAGCAAAACAACGACAUCAUCCAAAAUAUCGCCUCCCUGUGCUUAACUGGAGCGCUCUUCGGCCCAACCAAGUGGCGGGGACGAUUUUCAACGAGCUGGACGACGACUCCGUGCUCAACGAGAUCAACAUGAACGAGUUUGAAGAGAUGUUCAAAACACGAGCACAAGAUACGGAGGCCGAUCGUAUGAGAAUGCAAAAGAUCGUGGAAGCUCAGCAGAAACGAGGAACAUCAUUAAUCGAUGUCAACAGAGCUCGAAAUUUAGCGAUCACACUGAGAAAGAUUGGUUUAAGCACUGAUGAUAUAUGUCGUUCUGUGUAUAGUUACGAUCUCAAAUCUCUCCCGAUUGAAUACGUUGAAAUGUUGCCACGAUUUAUUCCAAAUGAUGGUGAAUUAAAAGCUUUUAAAGAUUAUGAGAAACAUGGGAAGUCGUUCAAUGAUUUAGCAUCUGAGGAUAAGUUUAUGUGGCUGUUUGGUCGUGUGGAGAGAUUGCAACAGCGACUCAACAUUAUGAUAUUCAUUGGAAAUUUCAAUGAUAAUGCACUUUCAUUGACACCACAAAUAGCUUCGGUCAUCGCAGCAUCCAUGUCCAUCAAAUCAUCAGGAAUGCUCAAGAAAGUAUUGGAGAUAAUACUUGCGUUUGGAAACUACAUGAACAGCGCAAAACGUGGAGCAGUUUAUGGAUUCAAAUUACAAAGUCUCGAUGCUUUGAUUGACACAAAGUCAACAGACAAGAAACAAACAUUACUUCAUUAUAUUGUGAAUGUUAUUGAUGUUUAUUAUCCUGAUGUAAAGACAUUCUAUCAUGAGUUACGUUAUGUGGAUAGAGCAAGCAAAGUUUCAUUUGAGAACAUCUUGUCUGAUGUUGGGAGUAUCCGACGUGGGAUGAAUCUCACACAAGAUGAGCUUGAAACUCACCAUCAUCCCGUGUUGCAAGAAUUUGUGACGAAUCAACAAGAUAAAGCUCAGAAGAUCCUCCAAGAUGCACAAACUGCACAAGAAGCUUACAAAGAUGUGGUUGAAUACUUUGGUGAAUCCCCUAAAUCGAUGCCACCUGAGAAUUUCUUCCCGAUGGUGGAUCGAUUCAUUAAAGCUUACCAGAAAGCGGAGAAAGAUAUUGAACAAUGGAAGAUUGAUGACGAGAAGAGAGCAGAAAAGCAGAGACGAGCAGUUGAGAGAAUGGAAGAGAAAGAAUCUCGGAGGAAAAUGAAGGAAGAAGUGAUGACAGGGGAGCAGAAAUUGAUUGGAGAACUCCGACAGAAACAACGUAAAGAGAGAAGAGCUGUUGAAAGUAAAGACGGAGCAAUUGAAGCAAAUAUUAACUAUAUUAAAUCAGAGCCGUACCGUCGGGAAGACACAGUGUUACGUAGUUUCCGUAAGAAGACACGUCCUGAAGUGACAAGAACGCCGCAAAUGUCAACGAUGCUAUAACAUUCCUAGUAUUAUUAAUCAUUGUUUCAUAUCAAUUCACUCCUAUGACGUAACAAAACUAUAAUUGUUUCACAUUUUACACCAACGGUGCGACUUUUUUACUUUAAGUGUUUAUUGAGUGUUAUGUUAUGCACAGUGUUGUUUACACAUGAUACAGAGUAAUUGUUGUUUAUUUAAAUAUUGCUUUUUUCAAACAGUCUUUUUUGCACCAGGACUCCCAAGUUACAUAUGAUGCCUAUUGCAAUUGUUUUGUACAGUAUAUCUUAUUCAGCCAUAUCCGUGCCUUAUGACGUCACGAUGCAGCUUGUUCUGUAACUGUUGGGGAUUUAUUUGCAUCUAUGCCCUUUGUUCGUCAUAAUGUAUUACGCUGCUAUCCAAUAGUUUCGAGUAUGGCUAUUAUUGAAAUUUCUUGCAGUAUAAACGGCACUUUUUACGUUGUGGUGAAAAUAAAAUGUUUCUAUGGCAGCAA